UACAUUCUGACAGGACUGUAUCUAGAGGUUUGAUUGUAAAUUGCAUAGGCAAAGAAAGCUUAGACAUGAUUGUAAAGAAACUUAGAACCCAAAGGUUUUCUUUAUUGGUUGAUGAAAGCACAGAUAUCAACUACAAAGCAACUCGCUUUGGUUGCUAGGGUUCUAGAUGAUGACACAAAGACUGUGCAGGAUAUAUUUCUCCACCUAAUUGAUGUGGCUGAAGCUACUGCAGAUUCUUUGUUUAAAACCAUUCAUUCCUUUUUUGAAAAGCAUCAGAUUCCAUUUAGGAACAUGAUUGGUUUUGCUGGAGACAAUGCAGCUGUCAUGAUGGGUAACUAUAAUGGUUUAAAAGCAAAACUCCAGCAGGUGUCUCCUAAUUUAUUUGUUCUUGGCUGCAUAUGUCAUUCUUUGCAUCUUUGUUGUUCAUCUGCUUGUUUGAAGCUCCCUAAAGUUAUUGAAGACUUGUGCAGAGACAUAUAUAAUUAUAUCUGUCAUAGCCCUAAGCAUAUGAAUGAAUUCCAACAGUUCCAGGAAUUCGUGAACAUACAGCCACACAGGAUUUUACGUCCAAGUCAGACUCGCUGGUUGUCUGUUCAGUGUGUGGUAGACAGAAUUCUGGAGCAGUGGAAUGCUCUUGUUUUGUAUUUUCAAGGUGCUGCUCUGGAAGACCACUUAGAGUCUGCUGAGAAAAUCUAUGGAGCAUUGGUGAAUCCAGUGUAUAAACUGUAUUUCAGUUUUCUAAGCCAUAUUCUACCUGUCGUAACCAAAAUGAACAAGGAAUUCCAGAGUGAAGGUGUUUAAAUUCACCAUGCAUUUGAAAAAGUGUGUGCUUUAUACAGAUCAGUUCUUUCAAAUUACAUGAAGAGAGAGGUACUGAACACCCAAGACAUAUUCACAGUAAAUCCUCAUGACCCAAAUAACUUUUUGAGUGAAACAGAUAUAUUGCGGUACUAAGGCUCAGCGAUUGCUUCUUGAGGCUCGUUCCACUAUUGAGACAUCUUUUGUAUCUGUGUUUAGAGUCAAAUGCCUUAAUUUCUAUGUUGAACUAGCAACUCAGAUUCGUAAAAGGUUCAUGGGAAUAAACAAAGUAAUGCCUUUGCUUACUGCACUGGAUCCUAAGACUGCUAUCAAUCAAACAAUGAGAGAUUUAACUGAGUUAAUGGAUACAUUCCCUAAUCUUGUUCCUGAACCCCAACAAGAUGCUGUGAAUGAUGAAUGGAGAAAUCUUCCUUUUCACACAACCAAAAUACAAAAGACAUCUGAUCCAGUACAGUUCUGGUAUAAAGUCAGAGCCUUAGAGUAUGCUGACAAAUCUCAGGUAUUUCCUCACCUGUCUGACUUUAUGCUAUCUCUACUAGUGUUACCACACCCAACAGCAACUGUUGAAAGGAUCUUUUCCCAAGUAAAUCUGAUUAAGACAGAUAGGAGAAACCGCCUUAAUGCAGAGUCUGUUAAUGGGGUAAUGCUAACAAAAAUGGAUGGGAGUACCAAGCCAUGUUGUGAAUGGGUACCAAGCAUGAAAAUGAUACAUUCUGCAUCUAAAGUCAAGAGUGAUGAAGAAGAGAACACUGAUUAGGAUAAUAAGUAGCUAGUAGUUAGUUAAAUGUUUUUUUCUUUUUUCAUGUUACACUGGGUAAUAUUUUAUUUUGGAAAGAUGUGAUAAAUGAUCAAGCCAAUUUUAUCUUGGUCCUUUCCUAAUUGUAUUCCUGAAAAAUAUAUAUGUUUAUUAGAUUAUGUUGUUCCUUACAAACUGAGAAUUGGACAGUAUUAUUAUUAUAGUAUAGUAUAGUAUUAUUCGGAAGUUAGUGGAACUGCCCCUGAACCUUGUAAACUUAGAGACAGGCCAGGGGGUUACUCACUAUGAUUAUAUGUUGUCUUGCCCUUCAGCAGCACUUUACAGGCCACAGGGCCGGUGGGAGCUGGAUGAGCUGGUGAGCUGG